AUGGUUCCUCACGCAGUCACGAUUAACGCACCUGGCGACAACCAUGAAUUCGAUGCAGAAAAUUGGACGUCCACUUCCAGUCAAAACCCUGAUGAGUUUGCAUUACCAGAACGCCAUCCCAAUACGGGCGUUAAUGUGCUUGUGGUCGGAGCUGGUAUGGGUGGACUGAUGACGACUCUGGAAUGCUGGAGAAAGGGGCAUAAUAUAGUUGGGAUUCUGGAACGAAACGAUGGUCCUGUAUACUCAGGAGACAUCAUUGUCAUGCUUCCGUCGGCCGUUUCCGUCAUACGCCACUGGCCCGCGAUGCAACGCGAUAUGGAAACCGAGCAAGUCAGUGCCUCAGUGAGCUACGAAAAACACAGCGGAGAACAUAUCUACGGGCCCACUGUACCAUCGUACAACGAUCCAGAACACAUAGCAUCCCGAAGAGGAAAGGGACCAUCUGUGGCUCCAGCCCAGAUUCGCAGCAAGUUCUACCGAAUGCUGUUGCGACAGGUCGCCAAGCUUGGAUUCACGAUCGAGUACGGUAAGACAGUGCGUGACUACUUCGAGAACGAAGCCGCUGGGACAGGCGGAGUCGUUCUCCAGAAUGGUGACGUGCGAAUGGCAGAUGUUGUCGUGGCUGCCGAUGGUCUCAAGUCGCGCUCGGAAAUGCUUAUCUCGGGGAAGCACACGCCUACCAAGUCCAGUGGCAUGUCUAUCUAUCGCACGGCAUAUCCGAAAGAAAUAGCCAUGCGAGACCCAACGGUGGAGAAAAGGUGGGGCAAUCGGAGUCCUGUAUGGGAGUACUGGCUCGGACCUGGCAUGUAUAUCGGCGUCUUCGUGUCAGAGGAUAUUGUUUCAUGGGGAUUUACCCCCUUGGACGCGCAGGGCGGAGCGACUGAAUCCUGGGAGCCAGAUGCAGAUCCCGAGAGCAUUGUCAAAGAGCUUCUCAAAGUGCCAGACUGGGAUCCAGCCAUACUUGCGCUCGUUCGCACUGCGCCCAAAGGCGGUGUUGUGCACUGGCCGCUAUUAUGGAGAGACUUACGCCGAGACUGGACAUCGAAGGGCGGUCAUAUCGUGCAAGUUGGCGACAGUGCACACAGUUUUAUUCCUACCUCAGGCAACGGUGCGACACAGGCUCUGGAGGAUGCGGUUACGUUGGCGACGUGCCUCCAGCUGACAGGAAGGCGUUCGUCUGCGACGGGCACCAAAAUAUACAACCUACUCCGUUACGAGCGCGUCAGCUGUGCCCAGAAGAUGUCUUUUGUCAACGCCCAACUGAAGACGGAGACGGAUUGGGAUACUAUUUGGAAAGAUCCCUUGAAGGUGCGUACGCGCUUCCCUAAGUGGAUAUUCAGUCAUGAUCCUGAGGCCUACGCCUACGAGAAAUACGGUGAGGCAAUCGCACAUUUAGUGGAUGGUGCAAAGUUCGAGAAUACAAACCUGCCUCCAGGUCACAAAUUCUUGCCUUGGACAGUUGCUGAAGUGGAAGAGGCGAUGAAGACAGGUAGGAGGGUGGAGGAUCUCUUGGAUGGGGAUUGGUCGUAG